AACCUCACAGGAUGUAAAGGACCCGCCAUCAACAGAGACCUCAAACCCGGGAGAAUGCCCAAGAGCUCCUCAGAUGGACGAUUGGAGUUGAUGGGAUCUGCUGACAGGGUUGUCACAGUCCCACAGAGGCCGGUGAGAUCAUUACCCAGAGAUCACCUGCGUUUACCGCCUCUACCAGUACAGACCAUCCCUAACUAUCCAAACCAGUUUGAUGAGUCUCCUCCAUCCAGACCAGCACCAGAACCAGCGUCACCGCAAACCAGAUCACACAACAGCAGACCAGCAUGGACACAAUCCAGUCCAAGUGAGCGAGAGAAUGUUAAAACACCAUCAUCUGCAAGUCACACGUCUCACAGGUUUUCUCUGGAUCUGGACUCUCAGGAUUUGGACAGCUCCUGUGAGAGCCAGAAGAGCUCGUUCGAUUCACUCGUGAGGAAGCAGCAGCAUCACGAAUGGCCUCCUGCUAAAGGAGAAACCGACGGCAGCUUCACCAACCACAGCAAACCUGCGCAGGGAUUGGCGGAUCAGAACUGGUAUGUUGGUACGGUUAGUCGCGUGGACGCUGAACACGCUCUUCACCUGGUCAACCGGGAAGGAGCCUUUCUAGUGCGCGACUGCUCGAAGAACACUACCUAUGAGCCCUUGGUCCUCGCUGUGUUUUACGACAAAAGAGUGUUUAACAUUCAGAUCCGCUUCAGUGAUGAAAUCAGCAAAUACACUCUGGGAACGGGCCUGAGAACCAAUGAUAGGUUUGACUCGGUCACUGACAUCAUCAAGUUCCACUCCAUUUUUCCCAUCGUUCUCAUCGACGGGCGGAAAUCCUCCACGGCAGCCAAUCAGAGGAGGCAGUGUGUGCUGAUGUACCCAAUCACAGCGCAGGACCUGACCGAGCUGUUGAAAUAAGAGCAAAUACAAACGACCCGCAACGUCUACUGAACAUUUAGCGGACCUUUUAGCUUUAUAAGACAUUUUUAGUGACGUUAGACUGGUACAGACUCAAAAGAGCCAAAGAGCUCAUCUGAUAGAACUAAGAUAAAUCAGUCAUUCAAUAAUGUGGCUGUGUAUAGCGAUCGAAUAUCUAAAGGAUUCAAUAUUUUUGACAUUUUAACACACACGUGUUUGGCCGAAUGCAGACACACAAGAAUCAUUAUCCCAGAAAAUUUUUAUCUAUUAAUAAGUUUUAUUUAGUCACACUUAAUAUUUUUUGGCCUUUAUGAAUAAUUUAAAAUAGAUGUUAUGAUUCUGAAGCCUCAGAACUAUGUACAGAUUAUAGUUUGACAAACUCGUGACACAUGUUUAGUUUCUAGACACAUUCUUUGUGUUUACAGAUGAGCAGAUGCCCUGAAAAUCAGAAGCUCAGCUGUAACUUUACAUAACAUCAACAGUAAUAAAAGAAAACAGUCGGUUUACUGGUUUGAUCAUUUGAGGUAGAUUUACAAUGAUAAACACAUCGAACCGUCUCGACUGUUUAAUGACGGGACAUUUUACACAAGGAAAGUUGUUUGAUGUUCAGACUUUGACAGUGAGUGUACAUGUGUGCUGUAGUUUACAGUGAAAUACUGAGUCCGUAUACGCAAACCUUUUUGUUUGUUUGCAAAAACACUUUUACUGUACGACAUACGUUUGAAUUUCACAAAUGACAAAGCCUCACCCAACAAAGACCAUGUGCACAAAAAUCAGAAAAGAUUCACUUAACGCUGAUGCUUACGUGCUCGUAAUAUGAUGACAGUAAACGACGUGAAAUGAUUUCAGUGAAUGUACUUCAUGUGAACAUUUGUGAAUCUCCAAACAUAAGAUGUCUGUUUGAAACGAGCCUGUACACAGUCAUGACAAAUAACACGCAACAUCCUAAAACACAUUAGUGUUGUUUGAAACCUCUUGGUUUCAGAGUU